AUGGCUCACAAGCAGAUGAAGGAAGAUUUUGUCAGGAAUCUCAAUGGAACCACUGCCCUGGAAAUCAUCCAGAGCCUGUGCUUGCCUGCCCCCUGUGUCCUGUGCAGGGGGCUGCUAACUAUUCUUGUCCAACACUUCUGUUCUUCAUAUACCUGGAGAAUUCAAUUCUUCAUUGACUUUGUUGUCCUGAUAGUUCCCCUGGUGGCCUCGUUCACCAUCUUGUCUUCAUUCCUCCUCCUUGAGCAGUUCACUGUAAUUAUCUUUGGGACAGGACUGGCCUAUCAAAUAUACUGCAGGAGAACCUGCUAUGCCAGAGUGCCUGUGCAGAAUAUCUAUGAAAAAUUCUUGAAAAUCCGUCUAGAAGCAGAGUACAUUCCAGCCAUCACCUGUUUCCGGGUAAUUAACAGUGUGCUUACUGCUAUUGCUAUUUUGGCUGUGGACUUCCCACUUUUUCCCAGACGAUUUGCUAAAACGGAGCUCUAUGGGACAGGAACAAUGGAUUUGGGAGUAGGAGGCUUUGUUUUUGGGUCUGCAAUGGUUUGUACAGAGGUUAAAAGAAAAUCUAACAUGCAGGGAUUUGGGUUUUAUCAAUUUACAAAGUCAUUGUACUCUGUUUGGCCAUUAGUUUUCCUAGGAAUAGGGCGACUAGCCAUUAUAAAAUACAUAGGCUAUCAGGAACAUUUGACUGAAUAUGGAGUUCAUUGGAACUUUUUUUUUACCAUAGCAAUUGUGAAAUUGAUAACAUCACUGCUUUUGAUUAUUUUCCCCCUAAAUAAAUCUUGGAUUGUGGCCAUCAGCAUUACUACAUUGUACCAGCUAGCUCUUGACUUUACCCCACUAAAGAGGUUAAUUUUGUAUGGCACUGAUGGUAGAGAUACAAGGGUUGGUUUGUUAAAUGCCAACCGAGAAGGGAUCAUCUCUGUUUUUGGGUAUUUGGCAAUAUAUAUGGCUGGUGUACAAACAGGGUCAUAUCUGUUUAAAAACAGAUCACAUAUCAAAGAUUGGAUCAAAGUAUUGUGUUGGCUUCUAUUGAUAGGUAUUAGCCUUUUCAUAUGUCUUUACAUAGUUCAGACAAAUAUAGAAGCAGUAUCUCGGAGAAUGGCCAAUUUAGCCUUUUGUGUCUGGAUAGUUGCUACUAGCCUCAUUUUUCUUAGUACUUUUUUAAUUGGUGACCUCAUUCUGACUUUUGCCAAAUUUCUAUUUAAAGGGACUCUAGUACCAUGUUCUUGGAAACUUAGCCAGUCACCUACUACAACUAGAAAGCAUGCAGACUCUGUAGUCCCUGAAGCUGAAAAAAAGAGAGCCAGUCUUUGUUUAAUCACAGCUAUCAACAGAAACCAGUUAUUUUUUUUCUUGCUGUCAAAUAUAACAACUGGCUUGAUCAACCUGAUGGUAGAUACAUUACACAGCAGUACUUUGUGGACCUUAUGUGUGCUGUAUCUUUACAUGCUUAUCAACUGUUUAAUUACAUUUGUGCUGUAUUUGCAAGAUAAGACUAUAAAAUUUUGGUGA